AACCUUUAAUUUAAUUACACCAGUCUUGUGAUAGUAAUCUUUGACUGUGGAAUUGCUGGUAUUUGUAUAAUUUUAAGCAAUUCAAGGUUCCUUAAAAUAUAUGUUUGUCAAAAAGAUGCAGCAACUGGUCCUUGUAAGUGUGUGUGACAUAGGAUUCCGUUCUUUUAAUUUCCUUUUCUUUUUGUGUAAAAGUUUUCGUCUAACAAUUAAAUGCUCAUUGCUAUUGAUUUCUAUCUGUUCUCCUUUUCUAUGCUUAGUCUGAGCUGUACUGAAAGACAAAAAAAGUAAACCAAAAAGAGCAAAUACACAUUUACAAACUUAAAACAAAAUAUUACUAAAUUAAAACAUGCUCCAGUGUUGUAAGUUGAUAGAUGUUCCCUGUUUUGAUUAUUGCACUUUUAAAUACUUCUUGUGUAGAAAAGGUUCGGAUAAUAAUGCUUAUCAUAUUUUCUAUAACACUACCCAGCCCUACAAAGAAGUGCCUCAGGAUGCUUUACAGGCUUGCAGUUGCAAACUUUGCAAUCAUCAUUUAGUUAAUGAGAUCAACAUUUCAUAUUCUUAUGUCCUAUUGAUAAAUCUUUUCAUGUUUCCUACUUGCCCAAUUGAAUAAGAAUUUAUGAUUAAAGUUAAGCUUAGGUAACUGCCUCUAGUUUUGGAUUUGUCACUACGCUCAAAAUGGAAAAACUGCGGACUACUGAAGACGUCCAAUCCGUCUCUGCCCCAGGACAGUGGCAAGGGGAAUGUAAGUUUGGAGCAUCCUUUAGAGGAGCACCCUGCAAAGAGAGGGCAUUGAAUGGACAAUGGCAUGCCCUGGUAAGUGUGGUGGUUUUCAGUAUUGUCCUGUUGCUGUGUUCAAAGAAAAUCAAACAGCUCUAUGGACUAAUACAGUACAAAACGACAUCAGUUCUUUUUUUUAACAUGUCUAUUUCUACACAUACACAUUUCGGCAAUAUAGUACAUGUUUUUUUUUUCUUUUUCCGCUUUAGUUCUCUACCUGUCACAUAAGUAGCUGCUACAGUGUGUCCCACUGCUGACUAUGCAUAAAUUAGAAAAUGAGUCAAGCUUUCAACUCCUCAGCCACCUGCAAUGUCUUCCUUCCAGCUUACAAUGAUGCUCCAGAACCCUCAAGGCCUGUUUUUAUUGUUUUGUAAUGUUUUGUUUUCAGGAGAGGUAACAGAGGAUGAGCUGUUUAGUAGACUUCAGCAAAUCAAAGAUGGCCCAGAACAGCAGAAUAACACCCCCAGUACGGAAGGAGGAGAAGAACCAGUUGAACCACCAGAAAACUCUGAGGAUCCUACCAGUGGGGACAGUCUAUUGGACUGGCUGAACACAGUGAGGCGCACAGGCAACACGACCAGAACUGGUCAUCGUGGAAACCAGUCAUGGCGGGCUGUAAGUCAGACCAACCCAAACAGUGGUGAUUUUCGGUUUAGCUUGGAAAUUAGUGUGAACCGCAACCUGUCUGAACAGCAGGAAGCUGCUGAAGGGGAACAGGAGGCUCCAGAAGAGGCUUCAGACAUGUCUCUAGAAGGUCAAGAAGUAGUGGCAAGUGCUGAUCCACCGGUGCCUUUGGAGACACAAGUAGUGGAAGAACCAGUUGUGGAGGAGCUGGCUGUCAUAGUGGAACCAGAUCCUGUACUAGAAGAGGUUGUUUCACAAGAGAUUUUAGGAGAACGUCCUAGCUCGCCUGCUGCCCCGCCAGUACAACCCCAACUUUCUCCUUCUCCACGCAGAGGACAAAGGAGAGCCCGCAGCCGGAGUCCAGAACCACGCAGGACCAGGGCCCGUAUAGCCAGGAGCCGCUCUCCUCUCAACUUAGAUCAGCUAGAUGGUCUCCCUAAUCCACGUCGUGUUCACAGCUCACAAGGCCCCAACUCUGCCACCAGUAACCCCUCUGUGCCUCAAGUGGAGGGCAGUUCUCGGACUCGACAACAUGUUCUUUCCAGGCAAGCUGCCACUGACAGUGAUGUUCAGCCAUCUAUGGCAAGUGUAGAAUCUGUCCCAGAGGUCCAAAAUGUUGCAUCUCAGGAAGGUGAAGCUGCUGCGGGGGGAGUGGGCGCUGCAGGGCGCCGUCCUCCUACUAUUAUGCUUGAUCUCCAGGUACGUCGUGUGCGUCCAGGCGAAUAUCACCAAAGAGACAGCAUUGCUAGUCGUACCCGCUCACGCUCCCAGAACUCAAACAACACGUUUCGUUAUGAGAGUGAACGUGGUGGAUUUCGUAGAACAUUUUCACGCUCUGAGCGUGCUGGUGUGAGGACCUACGUCAGCACAAUUCGCAUUCCUAUUCGUAGAAUCUCUGAUGCAGGUUUGGGAGAGGCAACCUCCAUGGCUCUCCAGUCUAUGAUUCGGCAGAUUAUGACCGGAUUUGGUGAACUCGGCUACCUCAUGGAUUCAGACUCUGAUUCUUUAGAUUCAAACCGCGGAGCCAACACACCUGCUGAUCUGUCUGAAGCCCUCAACAACUCAGAUACUACUCCUGCUGCCACUUCUACUGCUGAUGCUGAUGAGCCGCCUGUGGCACCUGGGAUGCUAGAAAGGACAGCUGACACUGAUGUGGAUGAAGGCCUCACCAGUGGUCCACCUGCCUCUGGUGGCAGGGCUCGAUCUAGACCACCCAUUAGCCUAGAGGAGCCCAGCUCACUGCCUUUACUGCGGCUCGCUCACUUCUUCCUGCUAAACGAUGAUGACGAGGACCAGCCCCAAGGGCUGACCAAAGAGCAGAUUGACAACCUCUCAAUGCGCAACUUUGGGGAGAGUGAUGCCUUGAAGACUUGCAGUGUCUGCAUAACAGAGUAUGCAGAAGGUAAUAAGCUACGCAAGCUGCCCUGUUCUCAUGAGUACCAUGUACACUGCAUUGAUCGCUGGCUCUCCGAAAACUCCACUUGCCCCAUCUGCCGCAGGGCUGUCUUAGUAUCGGCCAACCGAGAGAGUGUGGUGUAGCUUGUAAAAGAUUGCAGGUCUUUUGUCGCAGCCUCACUGACCUAAUAUCCUGAAUCCAUGAGAGACUUUGAGGAAAUGUCUCCACUGUUCACUGUUCACUCUCUUGUUUGAUCAUAAAGUUUGUUUUUGGGUGGUCCAUACAGUGACUUUGAGAUAUUCUUUUUCUAGCAAGACAUUAAUUAUUGCAGUCCCAAGUUAGACACAAGUAAUGCAUGAUGUUUGAAUCAAUCUGUGGUGACCAAGAAGUUUCCUUCAUUGCCUCAAGCCAUGCUCUCAACCAGACCUGUAUCUCAUAAAGAACUCCCUGGUUAUAAAUGCUGCACAUCUGCAGGUAUUUCAGCCACAUGUGCUCUUUUGUAUUAGCUCCUAAAUGGCGCCUUAUAUACCAGAAGUUGGGUAUUAGGACACUUCUUAGUUAGACCAGUUCAAAGUAUUAGCUGUAAAUAAGCUUGUAAAAAUAAUUUUGAAUCAUAAUUUGUAUCAGUGAAUUGGUUUUGGAUUGUAAAUUAUCUCAUGAAGAUUAAGAUGGUGUUGGCUGCUGUCACUCUAUCAAAGCAUAGGUUGUAUUUGUGUACACAGAAUUAUUUCAAGAUUGUGUUGUUCAAAGGAUGUAGGACAGUAACUCGUUUCCCAUUUACAGUGUGAUUUGUAUUCUCCCUUUUUUCAUUCAUCUGAAGAAACAAACUAUUCUGGAGUUCUGUUGAUCACAAAAUGUCUUGCUGUGAUAAAUUGUUUUAAAAUUAUUAAAUGUUGUACAGACAUCAGGGGAAAGAUAAAACCAAGUAGCCCUACUUCUGCAACGUGCAAUUUUAUUUCGGAUUCAUAUAGCAUCUUUAUUUUCUUAAUCAUUAGAAAUGAUUGAUGAGUAUGCAUCCCCAAAAUUAGGGAUGUCUCAAAAUUGGUAGUAGCUAUUGGAUUUAUAUCAAGUUCUUGGCAUGUGAAUUUUCCCACUACUAUACUAACAGGCAUGAUAUGUCAAAAAUUUGAAUAUUGUUGCUUUUUUUUCAUGAAAAUGUUGUUUACUUUUUAAUGUACAACAGUCACUUUGUCCUGUCAUCCAUGAGCGACUUGUGUGAUCCUGUAUUUUUCCAUGAACACUUCUUGUCUUCAAUUAUCAAUGAAUUAUGUUCUCCAAGCUGGUUUUGCAUAGAGUGAAAAGAAUGGAAAUUGACCUAAAAUGAAUUGUAGAUUUGCCUUAAUAUGAGCUCUUUACCUGUAAGUCCACAUCAGUGUAUAAACGACAACUGAAAUUAUUCAUCCAAAGGUCUGGGUGUAGGACAUUUACCAAGGCUGAAAAAAACAAAACAAAACAUCACAAUAUUGUACUUCAGUCUUAGUAAGGAUCCAGUAGAAAGUUGAGGUAUGCACCCACUGUACCCUCCUGCCUCAUGAGCAGAUGCUCCACAUCAGUGUGCAAUACAUGCUAAAGCGAAAGUAGGGAAAGAAAUUCCAUUAUGUAAAUGUAUACUAUUGUUUAAAAACUCGCUAAUGGAUACAAUCUUAAAUGAAGACUCCUUACCUUUUUAAAAAUGUGUUGAAGUUCAUUUUAUUUUAUUUAGACAUUCUAUAGGUUUUGAUAGCACUGUCGAACAGGAACGCUGGCUAAAGGAAGAAAAUGACAUCACUUCCAAUGCCAUCCUGUAUGCGUCUUGUUUCACUGUUUGAUAUCUUUCUUGGACAGUUUGAAUGCAAGAUGUUGUCAUUGUUAAAUAGCAUAAACAUGUAAAUGAAAUGUAUGUUCCCUCUUAGGCCAUGCUUUAGUUUUGGCCUUGUUCUGUGACCCACCCAGUACAGUAUGUUAACUGGGUGUUAAGUGAAACUAACCUCUGAAUUAAAAAAAAAAAAAUUAUCCUCAAAAA